ACCUGAUUGAACGCGGGAGUUGUCGCCCGUCGGUCUGCGUGACAAACCUGAAAGGCUAAAACCCAGACUACAGACAGCUCCCCAAAAAACCUCUCUCUCUCUAGGCACCCUUGACUGCGUGCGAAGUGACCAACUCAAGCCCCUCUGAUUACUGUGUUUCCUUCAAAGUCAUUUCAACGAGCACCUGUCGUGCAAUAGCUCCAUAUACUCCCGAGAGCGAUGAAGGGCAACAAGGCAACACUAUUAACACUUGCUGAGAAAUGCAAAACUAUUUUAGCAUCAAAUUGGCAAGGCAACCUUAAUACAAUCAAAGCCGACGCCAAAGGAAGCAAGGAGGAAAUCUAUACUUCAAUGGUUAAGUACUUUGUCAAGAGAGGGAAGCCAUACAUUUGGGUACCUGAAAAGGACUUUCACAAUAACACUAUCAUUGAUGAGCGUGGAUCUUUUGCUGUGACCAGUCCCUUCCCAGGCCCACUUGCAAACUUACUUAGAUCUAUCAAAAAGCUACCUGCUCGGGUUGCUCUGAGUGGAGAUGUUGUGCCCCUUAAAGGUGAAAAGGUGAAGUUAGCUUCAGAAAGCCUUAGAGAAACCAUAUCUUCAGAAAGGAAAGUGAUUAAAGAGUCCAAUUAUUGUGUUUCUGGUGUAUUAAGUGCUUCCAAUCUUGGUUGUACAUCUCGAAGUGAAAAUCUUCAGGAGCUACUAGAUGGCAAUGAACAAUAUGUGGUUUAUAAGUUUAAUCUAAGUUCAUGCAUGUACAUAGAUAGCAAUGGAGGCACUCAUGAAGUAGAUUUAAAAGAUAUUGAAGCAUCUAAGGUGGAUCCGUUAUCACCUUUUUCUUCAAGCCUAAUUGAUGGAAUUAAUCAAAGUGAAGUGAGGCGUAGAGCCCUUGUUCUUUUCUGUAUUGCAUACUUGAAUAGAAAUGCAAAGGAUGCAUUCAUGUUUUCAGUAGAUGGGAGAGGAUUUGAUGUGCUGGGGAAGGUUCUGGGUCCAGUAAUGAAUGAUGGGUCUCGUGAAUACCAGUGGAAGGAGUUCAGGUUCACAUUCAAGGAAGCGGUACGUGAUGUGGAAUCGUUCUGUCAACAACUUGUAGAGAUGGAAGAGGAGGCCCUCAAGACCGUUUCGAGUUUCAGUGGAAUAGGAUAGAAGAAGUAAAACAGAACGGGGCUAGAGCAGAAAAUAUUCUGCAGUCACAUCUUUGUAAUACUUGUUGCAAUGAAACAUAUAUGGUUUUCAUCUCGGAUUUUGGGGAUUGUGUGGUUGCAUUGAUUUUCAUAUUUACUGAGAGGAGGAUGAGCAAUUAUUAUUCAAAUAACUAUUUUAUUUUUGUUUCUAAUUGAGAGCUGCCUUGAUCACUUGUGUAA